GCCAACUAUUACUAUUAGCUCAGCUCUAUGACACUGGCAUGUACGCUUUUAACAUCUGAACAAGAUUUAUCAAAUAUAAAGGAACAUGUAGACAUAUCGACGUUUAACCAAGAGUAUUUACUGGAAAUAUUGUCGACGUUUCUUUUGCGGUUAACGCGUUUGAAUGACAAACGACAGGAAGGAAAAGACCCUAAUGAAGUACCUUUUUCAGCGACAAGUUUAAAGAAUCCAAGCUUGGUAUUUUCAGCUAAAAAUGUUCCAUCGAUUUCGAUUCAUGCUUAUUUGCAACGCAUCCUAAAAUACUGCCCGGCAACGAAUGAUGUAUUUUUAAGUGUCCUAAUUUAUCUUGACCGUAUUGUACGGACUUUUAAUUUCUCUUUUUUGAUUAAUAGUUUCAAUGUUCAUCGGUUUUUAAUCGCUGGCUUCACUGCUGGCAGCAAAUUUUUUAGCGAUGUCUUUUAUACCAACAUCCGGUACUCCAAAGUCGGUGGAAUCCCCGUGCAGGAAAUGAAUCAUUUGGAGCUUUGUUUUUUCCUUUUUAACGAGUUUAACUUGUUUAUUACUCUUGAAGAUCUUCAAUCCUAUGCAGAUUUGUUGGUCUACUGGUACUCAAACCGUACCUAUCCCUCCCCAGUAUCCUCAUUGUCGCCUUCCACAGGCAAUCCCGUGUAUCCUGUCCCCUCUCCCCCUAGUCCUCAUUAUGUCGGUUCUCCUUCACAGACAGACUCCUCGACACAUCCUCCUUCAUCAACGUUUCCAGCAUCUCCCGGAUACAAGGGCACGGACCAGACUCAAUCUUCCAACGCACCACAACAACAAAUGCAGCAACGUGAAACAACUCCCAUAUACUCAGAAUCUCCUCGUCGACCUACUGUGGAUCAUAAACUGUUGUCAUCCCAUUCAAUAGGUUAAACAUUUUUUGUCACGGUUCCCAAACUUUCUAUCACCAUGAAAAGAAUUCAUUGUUUUUGGUGUUGUUGUUUGUAUCGUUUCUAUAACUUUGUUCGCUUUCAUAUACCUUUUCACCUUUCGUUUUCCUUCUUUCUACCUGCCCAUUGUACAUUUGUCUUUUUGUUGUUCUGUCCUCUCCUGUCAUGGCCGAUCUGUAUAGUUGUUUGGAAGAUUCAAAAAUGUUGUCCUAUGAUUUAAGCUCUGUUUUUUGUUUUCCGUUACAUAUUCCUUACUUUCUUCCCCCUUCAACCGCUCUCUUUCUUCAGAGCUAGCCCUUUAUGUUAUAAGAAUUUUUUACUGUACUAGAAGCUGAUAUCGUUAUUUAUGAAUUACGCUAUUCCUUCGAAUGCCAUUUGUAGGAUAACACACCACACUCUAGUUUCUUAUUCUUUAGAAAUACUGAAGUCAUCAGGGAACUUUUCAUUUUUCCUUAACGCCAUAUUCCCUUGCUUGUUUAUUCCAGCGAUUCUUUGUAUUUUCUUAGUGUUUCUAUAUAUACGCACUAUUUCUUUUUCUUUAUUUAAUAUACUUGAGGCCUGAUU